AUGUAUUUUUCGUUUCAAGAUGGCUGUGGUGUUCGCACGCGUUCUCGUAUAGUCGGAGGCUACAAAGCUGCCCCUCAUUCUUGGCCUUGGCAGGUCAUGCUCAUGUAUCCUGAUCCCCGCUGCGGAGGGACGUUAUUGAAUGAAUUUUGGGUCAUCACCGCAAACCACUGUUUGCCGGACUAUUUGAUGAAAGAAGAUGUUAUAGUUAGGUAAGAAAGGUUACAUGUCGAAUGCUGUUACAAGUGAUAUUUAACAUUCGUUCCAUCCAAUAUUUUCCUUCUGUCAUAAAAAAAACUCUUAUUCUUUAAAUGUAAACGAAAGGACAUGUAGUGUCUUGCAAACGUAACGAAACUUUGAAGUUGAGAACUGUAUACCAUAAAAGGAUUCAUGGUUGCCUCAUCAACAAUACGCUGAAAUGCAUACGUUAUCGUUUACAACCGUUAAGGUUUUCGCAAUCGAAAUCAUUAACAUUUUUUACUUUUCCCUUUCAUGCACUAAAACGGUAAAGGAAAGCGAUGAUGUUUUCUUGGUGGAGGUUGAUAUUAAACUUAGUGGAAAAAAUUAAAAAAUAUACAGUAUAUAUUUACCACAAUUAUUUGUCACUUAGGGUCGGUGCACACCACCGAACCAAGCCGAAUAAGUGGGUGCAAGACUUACGAGUGCGACAGAUUUAUCGACACCCGAAGUACAACGAUCCCGUUAUGUGGGCAAAUGAUGUGGCCUUGCUCCUGCUAGACCGACCAGCCCAAUUGAACAGCGCAGUCCGCCCAAUUUGCUUGCCUGACAAGGAUGACCAACCGGGUACAGAUUGCACGGUGACCGGUUGGGGUCGCCUGAGUCAUUAUGGUCCUUAUUCAGACUACCUUAUGCAGGUAAACGCACCAUUCGAGGUUUAACAUGUAUUACUUUUAAAAUGAAUUAAAAAGUUUUGAAAUAAAAGCAGAUUUUCGAAUACAAUAUAACUUCUCUGUUUAAGCCUGACAACUAUUCAUCUUAAGUAUAAUCACAGCAAUAUGUCAAAAAACAGCGUUUUGUGAGACGUUAACCUAUAGGUGCGGGUUUUCUUUUCUUUCUUUUUUUAUCGUUUUGUCAGAUGACCGUUCCAAUCGUGCCCUAUUCUACCUGCCGAAAGAUCUAUCCAGAAGAGGUCCACGAAAGUAUGCUGUGUGGAGGACAUCUAACAGACAGAAAAGAUUCUUGUGAGGGCGAUAGCGGAGGACCAUAUGUUUGCGAGCACCAAAACGGCAUUUGGAAACUAGAAGGAGUCGUCAGCUGGGGUUACGGUUGUGGAUGGGAGGGCAACCUAGGAGUCUAUGCCAAUGUCUCUCACGUACGUGAGUGGAUAAAAAGUGUAUCACGUUUAUGA